AUGGACGACUGGGAUACAGACGACUUUGAGCCGAAGCGUGUAUUGCGUGCUGGCGACAUGGCUUCGGCCUCGACUUCUGCGCCGUCCGCUGUUCUCGCGAACGUGACAGCCCCACCUCCGACCUCAUCGGGCCUACCGUUGUCAGCGCCUACACCGGAGGGAAUAGGAGCGCGCCCGAUUCUCCUCGCCCGGAGACCCACCGCGCCGUCGCCUAGUCAUCCGCAGCAUCCUGCACACCUCGCCCAGCUUGUCCAACACGUCCCCCCACCCGAGACCCCGCCAGAGGACGAUGACGAGUGGUUCCGCGGUGUGCCGGCCUCGAACCGCCAGAUCUGGGACAGCGCCAACCGCCCCGCAAUCCAAAUGACCGCCGCAUCCGCCCCGCCCCCCAAACUCCAAAUCCUGAAACGCGACGCUCCCCCGCGCCCAACCUCUGGCUCAUCGAGCGGAACAGCCACCCCGAAAACCUUAGCCCAGAGGGAGGAGGAGUAUCGUCUAGCCCGCGAGAGGAUCUUCGGGAAGGAGAAGGACGAGGUCCCGUCCUCGUCGGCGUCGACUUCGUCCACUACUUCGGCUGAACCGACCCCGUGCGAGAGAGGCAACAGUGGGAGCGAGUUCGAUCGCGGGUUCGAUAAACUCGAUGCGCGAAGGUAUGCCGGACAGGCGUAUGGCCGGCAGUAUAGCUACUCCCAGACUUACCAGACACCGACGUACCAGAGCCAAACCUACCAGUCCCAGUCGUACCAGAGCUAUCAGGCUCAAGGCCAGGGAUACCGAUACUCUGCGUACGAGGCCCAGACUUUUGGACCACGAUAUGCCCCUCCCCAGCAGCAACCUCAGCAGCAACCGCACCAACACGCGCCGCGCCCCCAGCCGUACCAGUACUAUAACGCGCAGUACGUUCCUGCGCCGCAUGCGCCGAGCGCACAUUCGCAGGCGCUUCCUCCGCAGAACGCACAGGCUGUCCCUCAUGUCACGGGACAGUCACAGGCCCCACAUGCAUACACGCCGCAGGCACAGAACACGCCGCCUUAUGCCUACGAUUCGGGACACACUCCACCCAUGGCGUCGACAGCUACGCGCCCAAACCCGCCCGUUCCACCAAUACAGCAGCGCGGGAUUGGCGGUGGCGGCGUGCUCCGCCAGCCGAGAGGGCCGGGGCAGGGAGGGUUCGGUAAGCCGCCGUAG